CUUGGUUGCUUGCAUGGGCGUCUCUCGAAGACAGAGACUCGGCAGCAGAGGUCUCUGUGCUUUGGGGAAGACAGAUGCUCUGCACUGGUUUGUUGGACGAAGGAAAAAACCACAGAGGUACCUGAUUCAAUUUGUCGUUCACACCUGUGGUGGCUGGUUGGUCAUCAUAGGACGCGCAGAUUGGUGAGGUUCUGAAGGUAGUAUAGUUCGCCCAGAUUCACUAUGUCAUUCUUGCGAAGAUACAGCUCGGCCAACCGCGGACCUGACACACACACAGCAGAAGAUCCACACCUCUCCUCGACGAGUGCAUGUGUGCGUAUUGUUACACUGUGCAAAGUCUUUGAGCGAGGCGAUGCGGUUGACCGACAGCGAGAGCACCUCAAUGUUCUUCAAACGACUCAACACCGACACCUGCAACCACAACCAAUCGCACGGCAUGCAUGCAUCGAAAUAGAUGUGCAGUGCGCCAAAGUUUCUUCCCCUCCAUCCCGCCCAUCUCUCCGUGUGGCUCACGUCGUGUAUGUCAUUUCCCCAAAGGUUGAGGUUUCUGACGUUGGCGAGGCUGUCCACUUUGGCCCUCGCGAGCAUCAGCUCCUCCGAGUCAGUCACCG